UCUUCAUUACAACGACCACAAUGGUGAAUUCUCAUCAACUAGCAUCGCUCUUUCUCCUAGUGAUUGCAUUUGCAAGCCUCAACCUUUGCAGCUGCUUCCACUAUUCCUCUCUCCUUGGAGAAUGCAGUCCAAGUGGGUACUUACGCGGCAAGGCCGGCCACUGCAACAAGGAACACGACUCUGACUGCUGCAAGCCGGGCAAAAUGUACCCACAGUACCGUUGCUCGCCGCCGCUGACCGGAGACACUCGAGCCACCAUGACCAUCAACAGCUUUGCCAAAGGCGGGGAUGGCGGAGGUCCUUCGGAGUGCGACAACAAGUACCACAGCGAUGACGAGUUGGUCGUAGCUCUUUCGACCGGAUGGUACAGUCACGGUAGCCGUUGCUUAAAGAACGUUAGGAUCCAUGCAAAUGGCAACUCCGUGCUGGCCAAAGUGGUUGACGAGUGCGAUUCUGUUAAUGGCUGCGACACCGACCAUGACUUCCAACCUCCAUGUCCCAAUAACGUAGUGGACGCAUCGCCCGCUGUGUGGAAGGCACUGGGCAUCCCGGGUUCCGUCGGUGAUUAUGAUAUCACUUGGUCUGAUGAGUGAUCAAUUUCUCGCAGGCAAAAGAUAUAUACAGCUUUGUUGAGUUAAAUUUGAGUGUGUCUGUGAUGCUGUGGUUUGCAUGUCUGUAUGGAUAAUAGUAUGGUAAUCUAGUUUGUCUCUUUGGUCAUCCAGUAUGAGUUCAUGACCAUAUUUAUGUAGCAAGUUGUAAUAUGUAUGCAAGGGAAAUCUGUUCGAGCAUAAAUAUCAAUAUCUUCAUUUGGUAUUUAAAACGCCAAUCA